AAGUCUCUCUUCAUGCUGCAGCCCAGGCCAGAAAAGUGGGAUGCUCCAUAGAAAUGCCUUUCGCAGGACUCCUCCCUUACCUCGGGGUAGGUUCAAUGGCAUUACAGGACCACCAUAUCAACAGCUAGAAGAGUCCAGGAUCACAGACCAGGACACAAUACCUUGUCAUGGGUAUGCAUCCGGUGGUUUAAAAACUCCUCAGAAUACUUCAAUAAAUAUGCAACUGCCUUCAAGAGAGACGAGCCCUUAUUUUAAUAAUGUGGAGCAGAAGGACUUGGUCGGCUAUUCAUCUUCAAGGGCCAGCUCUGUUCCCAUCAUCCCAUCUGUGGGCUUGGACGAAGCCUGCAUGCAAAUGCAAAACAUUUCUGAAGUAACAGGCAUCAAAUGGUGCAAAAACUCCUAUUCAGCCGAACUUGUCAACGUGAGUUCCCCAGUCAGUAAUUGUCUCCUAGCAGAACAACAUGAGGUGCAAGUGUUGCUAGAAACUGUGCAGGAGCAGAUUCGGAUGCUGACGGACGCGAGGCGGGCGGAGGACUGUGAGCUGACGGGCACAGAAGCAAAGGGCAGCAGGAGUGAGAACACAGCCUUCCUGCCCAUGAGCCCUGUGGCCAAGUCAGAGCCAGAGGCACAAUUUGUCUUAAAAAGUGAGAUGCAAAGAGACUCAGUCUUGACCAAGUGA